GAUCAGGUCAGGUGAGAGGGACUAACCGGCAGAAGAGGGUCGGAUGGAGAGGAAGCUGCCAGAAGGCGGACUGUCCACCCUGGCUGGAGAGGGAAACUGCUCUCUCUCUCGCUCGCUCUCUCUCGCUUUCACCCUCGCUCUGCGUUCUGUCCGGGAGGAGUACGGAGAAGCCAAUAGGAUGCGGGGUCUCUAAUGGAUGCAAAUGAUCAUGAAAAGACAGUGCAAAAUAUGAAACAACUCAUUUGCAGGGAAGUAAAUCACCGAAAACUGUUUAUGAACUGGCAUCCCUUCUUCGAAAUGUAAAGCGAGGACCUCUUUAAGUGGCGCCCCCAACUACAGCCUCCGCCGCCGCCGCCGCCUCAAAAUUCAAUAAAAUGAGCUCUUAUUUCGUCAACUCACUGUUCUCCAAAUACAAAACCGGGGAGUCCCUGCGCCCCAAUUAUUAUGACUGCGGCUUCGCCCAGGACCUGGGCGGCCGACCCACCGUGGUGUACGGUCCCAGCAGCGGCGGCAGCUUCCAACACCCGUCGCAAAUCCAGGAGUUCUACCACGGGCCAUCGUCGCUGUCCACGGCUCCCUACCAGCAGAACCCGUGCGCCGUGGCGUGCCAUGGGGACCCGGGCAACUUCUACGGCUACGACCCGCUGCAGCGCCAGAGCCUAUUCGGUGCGCAAGAUCCAGACCUGGUGCAGUACGCAGACUGCAAGCUCGCCGCCGCCAGCGGCCUGGGAGAGGAGGCCGAGGGCUCAGAGCAGAGCCCGUCGCCCACACAGCUCUUCCCCUGGAUGCGCCCGCAAGCAGCCGCCGGACGCAGGCGAGGCCGACAGACCUACAGCCGCUACCAGACCCUGGAGCUGGAGAAGGAGUUCCUAUUUAAUCCCUAUCUGACUCGCAAGCGGCGGAUCGAGGUAUCGCAUGCGCUGGGACUGACAGAGAGACAGGUCAAAAUCUGGUUCCAGAACCGGAGGAUGAAGUGGAAAAAAGAGAACAACAAAGACAAGUUCCCCAGCAGCAAAUGCGAGCAGGAGGAGCUGGAGAAACAGAAGCUGGAGAGGGUCCCGGAGGCGGCGGACGAGGGCGACGCGCAGAAGGGUGACAAGAAGUAGGCUCCAGCUGGGACUACCAGGGCCGCGGCCGCCCUCAAGUCCGCGGGUCCCCCCACGCCACCGCCGCCGCCGCCGCCGCCUGCCCCCGCCUCAGAGAGCUCUGGCCCUGCGAGCGGGGCCAGGAGCUGGGCCUCCCACCGCAGCGUCCCCUGCCGCGCCAGUCCCCGCUAGUGGUAGUAUCUCGUAAUAGCUUCUGUGUGUGAGCUACCGUGGAUCUCCUUCCCUUCUCUUGGGGGCCGGGGAAAAAAAAAGAAAAGGAUUUUAAGCAAGGACACCCUCGCCCUGCGAGGGUGAGCGGCCGCGGCCCGACUGAAGCCCCACGCCCCCGCCCCGUGUAAAAAGCCUCCUUGUGCAAUGGUCUUUAUUUCCUUUGAACGUGCUUCUUUGUAAUGACCGAGGUACUGAUUUCUGCUAAGUUCUCCCAACAACAUGAAACUGCCUAUUCACGCCGUAAUUCUUUCUGUCUCCCUCCCUUUCUCUCUCUCUCUCUCUGUCUCUCUCUCUCUCUCUCUCUCUUUCUCUCUCUCUCCCGUCUCUCGCCGCGUCCUCAUUUUCCCUCCCAACCCCUCUCUCCCUGCUGCCCUGCCUAGCUCGCUGGCUUUCUCUCUUGCUUCUCUCUUUUCCUCCCCACCCCCUUUGGUUUGACAAUUUUGUCUUAAGUGUUUCUCAAAAGAGAUUACUUUAGUUAGCAUGCGCGCUGUGGGCAAUUGUUAAAAGUGUUCUUAGGUUUACUGUGAAGAGAAUGUAUCCUGUAUCCGUGAAUUGCUUUAUGGGGGGGAGGGAGGGCUAAUUAUAUAUUUUGUUGUUCCUCUAUACUUUGUUCUGUUGUCUGCGCCUGAAAAGGGCGGA